AUGGGUCGACCUUCAGGGAAGCGCGACAUAAACCAUGUUGAUCUUACCUCCAAUGAUGGUGACGGUACUUCUACCCCAGGACGCACUCCCAAGUACCCGCGCGCAGUCAGUGGGCAGCGAUUCGGACAAGACACGGACUUCGUGCCCCUGAGUCAAUCGUCCCAGAACUAUGCGGCCGAUGAUGAUGAAGAAGAGCAUGCCGCGGAUCAGAUCAUGGGAACUCAAGGAGCGGAUGAUGAAAUGUCUAACAACGCCGUGCUGUAUGGUGAGAUGCCCUCAAAGAUUGUCGGCGUUCGUUUCUACAAUGGACAUGCCACUAUUGGAGAGCAUGUCAUCUUGAGGCGAGAACCACACAACCCAUAUGACCGGAACGCUAUCCAAGUGCUGAAUGUCAUGGGGGCCCAAAUCGGCCAUAUUCCUCGGUUCACGGCGGCCAAGUUGGCGGGAUACAUGGUAGGCAUGCCCCGCAAAUGCCUUUCUAUCUGUGGCUUCAAUGCUUUGAACAUCAUUAAUAGUCUCCGUACAGGACACCAAGUCGCUGAUUAUUGA